CUCCUGCAGAAGGAUUCCUGUUGAAGACUUGGGGCUUUAGUAAAGGCAACUCAGCUUUCAAAGUUGGGUGAAAGAUGCGGACGACUUCUCAAUCCAUGUCAAGCUACUUCAUCUCAGGCCAACCUUUUAAUUCAACCUCAGAACACGUACAACCCAAAAGCAUGCAUUCCCCUUUGUGUUAGCUUUCCAUCCCUGCCAUGCUGGUUCUUGCUACAUCACCGAUACCAAGCUUUCCUUGCUUCACAUGAGAAGGAAUCCAGUGACCAGAAAAAGUGAAGCCAGAGUGAGCUACAAGAAUGACAGCAUCUGCAACAGCUAAGAUCAAGCAUGUCGAUGGUGUACGCCGUCGAUGUUAUUCUCUUGCUUUUGCAGCUAUUAUAUUACCAACCCUCCAUCCCUUGCUUGGAAACACCACACAUCACCUCUUCUUCUUCUUCUUCGAUCUCAUCGCUGGUCUCGAAAGGAAAAAAUGGCGAGAAUGAGAGGGAUUCUUAUCUGCAUCCUGAUAGUGAUCAUGGACAUUGUUGCUGGUAUUCUUGGGAUAGAAGCUCAGGUUGCCCAAAACAAGGGCAAGCAUUUGAGGGUGUUGAUCUUCGAGUGCAAAGAGCCCGUCCAUGAAGCCUACAGGUUGGGACUGGCUGCAGCCAUACUACUGUUGCUGGCUCACGCAGUCACAAACCUGUUCGGUGGGUGCGUUUGCAUCUGCACCACCGAGGAAUUUAGUCGAUCAUCGGCAAACAAGCAAAUGGCUGCAGCUACACUUGUGCUCUCAUGGAUAAUUCUGGCGGUGGGAUUCAUCAUGUUGCUCACCGGCGCGUUGGGCAAUGCCAAGUCGAAAACCUCCUGCGGGCUUCCUCACCGUCACUUGUUGUCCAUCGGUGGGAUCCUGUGCUUCAUCCACGCAGUGUUCAGCGUCGCUUACUACGCCGCCGCGACCGCCACAUCAGCGGAAGCGGAAGGGAGGACGACGACCAGGGAUGUCGGCGCUGCCCCAACGGCGCGAAGGCCCCAACAAAUGCAAGCCUGAUAAGCUUUCUUCGGCAUCGAUGUUGAUGUACGGUUCGAUGCGUGCUUCACUCUCGUGCUUUGGAGACCGACGGAUUCUACCCAUUCGAAGUUGCAAUUUGGCACUUAAUAUUCUUCUUCUUCCUCUUCUUCUGGUUGCGUCGUCCGUAUAUGCAUUCAAUCGCGUUUCCAAUGAGCUUAAUAAGUCAUUGGCAAA